AGUUAAAGCUUGAAACCUUUCGGCUGCACAGUUAAAAAUCAAGCAGUGAUGGCAGCUCCUCUGUCGCCCAUCGCACGUUCUUCUCCCCUUCGCACGCCGCUGUCCUCGACCUCACGCUCCCACUUACCAUUCAUGGCAGUCAGCGGCGCCGCCGCCUCCUCCUCAACCUCCGCUGAGGCUGAACAGGAUAUCAGCCGUGGCAGAGGCGUUACUAAGGAAGCCCCAAUCCCACAGCUCGAGGUCAUCGGAUCGAAGAGCGCGUUGCUAUCUCAGUUCGCCAGCUUGAAGAUGUCCUACCGGCCAUUCCCGGUCAUCGGAUGGAACCGCCAUGUGGAGACCAUCUUCGCCGCCUUCUUCCGGUCUCUUCCCCGUGUUCAGUUUCGCCGGGAGUGCUUGCGGACGAGGGACGACGGAGCCGUCGCCCUUGACUGGGUAUCCGGAGAUGAACGCCGUCUCUCCCCCGAUACACCGGUGCUCGUCCUUCUGCCUGGACUUACUGGAGGUAGUCAAGACACAUAUGUGAGACAUAUGCUUGUUCGAGCUAGGAAGAAGGGGUGGCGUGUUGUUGUCUUUAAUAGUCGUGGUUGUGCAAAUAGCCCAGUCACAACUCCACAGUUCUAUUCAGCAUCGUUCACGGAAGAUCUUUGUGAAGUGGUUAAACAUGUAUCAAAAUGUUAUCCCAAGUGUAAGAUAUAUGCUGUUGGCUGGUCUCUUGGAGCAAACAUUCUUGUUCGGUACUUGGGUCAGGAAUCAUAUGGUUGUCCACUUGCUGGAGCUGUUUCUUUGUGUAAUCCUUUCAAUUUGCCAAUUGCAGAUGAGGAUUUCCGCAAGGGCUUCAACAAGAUUUACGAUAAUGCUCUUGCUAGAUCUCUAAAAAAAAUCUUCAAGAGGCAUGAACUUCUGUUUGUGGGUCUCCAUGAUGAAUAUAAUAUUCCAAUGGCAGCUAAUGCCAGAACCGUUAGGGAAUUUGAUGAAGGGUUGACACGAGUUUCAUUUGGCUUCAAGUCGGUGGAUGAUUAUUAUUUCAACUCCAGCAGUUCUAAUUCCAUUGUGCAUGUUCAAACGCCAUUGUUAUGUAUACAGGCUGCUAAUGAUCCGAUUGCUCCUUCCAGGGGUAUUCCUCGUGAAAAAAUCAAGGAAAACCCUAAUUGCCUGCUAAUAGUUACACCAAAAGGUGGACAUCUUGGAUGGGUUGCUGGUGAAGAAGCACCCUUUGGAGCUCCAUGGACAGAUUCAGUUGUUAUGGAAUUCUUAGAGCAUCUCCACCAUGAAAGACCUGCAACCAGCUCAAAUUCUUCUUCUGAAAUAGAUGGUGUUCAACAGCCUUUAUCAUCCAUUUCUGUCCAAACAUAAUUUCAAAUUUAAGACGUUGCAGAAUACAACAAGAAGAGCUUGAAUUUAUUUACAGGGCUGAACUGAAGCAUUCUGUCCAUUUUCUGUAGACCAGAAUCUUCUUCGUUUUGUUCAUUCCCUUCAAUUUAUAUUGAUAGCGAUGAAGCCCCUAAAUGAAUGUGUUGUUAUUGCAAAGGGGAUGUAAAUGAUGAUAAACUAUAUAUAUUUUGUAUUUAUGAUAGGAAUCUACAGUAAUUAUUGUUGUAAGACAUUCAUAUUA